UAGCAUAAAUAGCAUCAUCGAUCGAGGACGAGUGUUUGUUGUUCUCCUUGUGAAAUUGCCGUUGACCAGAGGGAAACAAGAAAAGAAAAAAAGAGAGGCGAAGAAGAAGAAGAUGAAGAUGAAUGUUAGGGUUUUGUUUCUGGCUCUCCUUCUCCUCGCAUCUCCUCUGCUCCAAGUUGCUAGAAGUCAAGUGGACGAUGAUCAUUCCAGUCUUGUUGACGAUGUUGUCGGAGAACACAGUGAUUCUGGUGCUGACGAAGAUGACCAGGACUUGGAUAUCAACUUGACCUCAGCUCCAGGAGUUGAGACUGUCUGUGUUUUCCCCAGAAACAGUGCCAGAGUGGUUCCAGCUGGAGAAGAGACUGAGCUCCUUGUUGCUCUCAAGAACGAUGGGAAACCUACCGUUGGUGUGAUGGGAAUCAGGGCCAGCGUCCAUCUUCCUUAUGAUCAUAAGUUGUUGGUUCAGAAUCUUACCACGAUGAGAUACAACAAUGCCUCCAUCCCAACUUCUGUUCAAGCAACAUUCCCCUACGUCUUUGCUGUUAGCCAGUACCUGCAGCCUGGGGCAUUUGAUCUGGUGGGUUAUGUCAUCUACGACGUGGAAGGGAAGCCAUACCAGAGUGUCUUCUACAAUGGAACCAUCGAGGUAGUUGAAUCUGGAGGUCUUCUCAGCGGUGAGUCUGUCUUCCUUAUCACACUUGGGAUUGCUCUCCUCCUCCUCCUCGGUCUAUGGGCAUACAGCCAAGUUCAGCGUCUCACCAAGAAAACCAAAAAGGUGUCAAAGGUGGAAGUAGGAACAAGGUCUACGGACGCAUCAAUGGACGAGUGGCUCGAGGGAACUCAUUUGGCCAAGUCAUUGUCUGGGAAAUCAAAGAGCAAGAAGAACUAAAAAAGAGCCUUUUUGCUUCUUUGCAGUUACUAGACUCAAGUCUUUUUUGGCGUUUUGAAAGAGUUUUAAGUUCAGUCUCGAGGAAGUUUAGAGUUUUUAAACGACUUUUUUUUUGUUCAUGCGUUGUACCAUCUAGACAAUCUUUCUUUUUAUUCUUGUCAUACGUAUCCUACUCAGCUUAACUUACAAUGAUUUAGAUCUCCCCUUUACA